AUGACUCUGGAUUGGAUAGUUCCUAAGGGUUCUGUUGUGCUUGUAACAGGAGGUACUGGCUUUAUAGGCGCACACUGUAUCCGGGUUCUUCUCGAAAACGGCUUUAAAGUCAAGGCUGCUGUCCGGUCCAAAACUAAAGGAGAGCAGCUAGUCAAGUCGUUUGAGCAGUAUAAUCCUGCGCUAACCUUUGGAGUCAUAGAGGAUGUGAGCGACUUCGGCUCGCUGAUGCGGCUAGCUGAGGGCUGUUCGGGAAUAUUACACCUAGCAAGCCCAUACACCUAUGCUGUUAAGGACUUUGCAAAGGAACUGUUGGACCCAGCCCUAAAUGGUACACGGACGGUAAUGGAAGCUGCGUCUGCUCACAAGUCAAUCAAAAGAGUGGUUAUCACCUCUUCCUUUGCAGCAGUUUUUGAUGCCACCAAGGGUUUGCAACCAAACGUUGUUUUGACCGAAAAUGAUUUCUCCCCACUGACAUACGAAGAUGGAGUCAACACCAAAGAUCCAGCUGUUGCAUACAGAGCAUCGAAAAUCGUUGCAGAAAGAGCGGCCUGGGACUUUAUCAAGGAGAAAAAACCAUCUUUCGACAUUGCUGUUCUCUGUCCACCUAUGGUCUACGGCCCGCUUGCAACUACAGAGCUGCUCCCGUCUUUGGACAAUUUGAAUUUCAGUAACUUGACCAUCUGGAAAAUGGCAACUUCUGGAUCAACCGCACCAGUCCCGCCGACGAAAGGCCCUGUGUAUGUGGAUGUGCGGGAUCUUGCGUUUGCUCAUUACCGCAAUUCAGAUUUUGGGUGUUACAUUUAG